GCUUCUUACAGCAUACGCAUGUAAAAGCUAUGCGAAGCCAUGAUUCUGCGACACGAUAUGCUUGAGCCAGUCUCCUGGACCCGGAACUGUCCUGCACAGAUCUGAAACGUCCUCGGCAAUACACACAUAUACCAACGAACAACCAACCUCAAAAAAAGUCUAGAACGAACCUUACAUUCCGCAUAGACGGCCCAUCUUCUCAUCGACACUCGCGCCCACCUAUUAACAGAAUGCCCGGGCUCCAGCACAUCCUCACAACCCUCGUUCUACUCACCCACAUCUCAACAGCCACGACCGCAUCUCCAAUACCCAACCACACCACCUCCAAUCCAUCACCACGUCCCAGCAUCCCCAUAACAGCCCUCGUAUUCGACCGCGCCCCUGGACCAAAGUCCUGUCGAGGAACCCUCGUCUCUAGCAUCACGCUGACGCGCCCGUCCUCCCAGCACAGGAACGGCACAUGUUACGACAUGCAUCACGCAGCACAAUGCGGUGUCUUCGUUGCCAACAAAGCAGACGCGUGCGAGGCGAGACUGUACAGUAUGUCUGGGUGUCCCGAGACGCUGCAGGAGGCCUAUGUCACGACGGUGGUGUUUGGACCAGAUAGGACGGCGCGUGGAGGGCUGUGGGUUAGUAUACUUGUGAGGUGUGGAGUUGAGAUUGAUGAGGGAAGGCUAGAGGAGGAGCAAAUGCUGUUGCAUGAUGUAUUUGGAGACUAUGUUAAGGAUGGCGGUGGGCGAUAAAGGGGCUGUGAUGCUAUUGGUGAUGCAUUAUCGAG